AUGCUCGGCGCAAGGAGUCUGAGUGCCCUGGUUGUACUGGCCAGCUACUGGACUGUCGUCUCAGCUCUAGAGUUCGCGCUGCGCGAGCCUCUUGCGGCGUUUCAAAGUGAUCAGCUCUUGAGAUUUCAUCAGGCUCCAGUGAGUCCAGUCACUUCCGAGCCGUCCGACGCAGACCUCCUGCCAUUUGGAUCUCCAUCCCACUGCCAUCUGCCGUCCCUUGACGAGUGGCAGCUCCCACCUCCUGUGGCAUCUCCGAGCUACGCAGACAGCGAUGUUCACCUUAUGGCGCACGAAGCGAACUUCCCGGAGGAAAGGAGCUGGGCCAACUCACAACUGGUGUGUCAGGAUGCAGAUAGAAACAUGCCGGUGCAAGACAACAACGUCUCGACCAACCCCAGACUUUGCCAUGUGUGCAAGCUGAUGGACGCGACGAGAGGAGUCGCUGCUGACACUCCGGAUCGAUCGUGGAUCGUCCUCGCAUGCCGGGCAUGCUACACUCUACUCAACUGCCCCACCACUCAGCUCGCUGGGAGAUGCUUGCACUGCUCUCGGUUUGCCACCUUCUCCAAGCCCGGGACCCCAAGAGCCGAGUGGAUGCACUGCAAGCAGCACAGCUUGCCUGGAGAUGUGAACCUGAAACGAACCUCCUCGCCCCCAGUGUCGGAGCCUCUAGACUUCUUCGAUGAGUCACUUGAUGACACCCGAGAAGGGUUCGAUGAUGACACCAAGUCGUCGUGCGGAGAAAGGUCCAGCUUGCAGGAGACCUCACGCGGGCGAUCCUCCUCCCGCCAAUGGGUUUCAGGGAGGUCAGGAAAAUCCAGAAGCCCUAGGACCCCCUCCAAGAGUGUUCAGCACUCACAAGAGUUUGAACCCGCUGCCGCGUGCUCGUCGCAGUGCAUUGUUGAAGACUGCAAACGAGUCCCUCGGUACGGAAGCACCUUGGACAAGUACCCGAAGCUCUGUUCCCGGCAUCGCAUUCAAGGCAGCAUCGACUUCAAGAGGUUUAGCCGAGGCUCCUCCCCGAAGCGAUGCCAGCACGAAGGCGGCUGUCAAGUUAGAGCAUCCUUCGGAGACUGCAUGGAGAGGGUCCCCCGAUACUGCGCUCGGCACAAAGAGCCGAACCACGUUAACAUCCGUGCAUACCACUGCGAGUAUCCCCUCUGCAGCAAGCAGGCGUCCUUCGGACCUCCGGGCUCCAAUGCUGCCAUCUACUGUGCUGACCACAAAAAUCAAAAUGAUGUAAAUGUUCGGAACAAGAAGAGCCGUCUGCAGCUCCUCACAAAAAGCUCCUUUGCCGAUGUCUUGCCUAGCAAGUUUGCGUCGAGCCCAACUGGCUGUGCUGCCGCUGCGUGCUGA